GGCUUGUCAGUCUGACAUCUGGCUGCAGUCUCCCGCAGCACCCCAGGCAACCCCCGGAGCUCAAAGCCAAUGCCUCGGGGCUGGAGGGACCCACAGCCGCCUACACCCCAUGGGCAUCCGGGCAGGGCCGCGCUCGCCCGAGCAGGAGAAGGAGCGCCCCGGCCAGGCCCGGCUCCUGCGCCUUUAUAAGGCAGCGCUGCCGCCCUGAACUCAGUGUUUCUUGGACACCAGCCCCGCUGCCAGGCUUUACCGCAACACAGGCCUUGCGGAGUCACCGGCCCACCGCAGCCACAGCAUCGGGCUGUCCUGUCUCCACCUCCAGGCGGAAAGCCUUCGCAACAGGAUCUGAGCGCGUCGUUGCUGUCACCGUUGCAGGCAUGAAGUUGGCUGUGGUCGCGCUGAUGUACCUGGUCGCACUCGCCUUCCUGGGCGCGGACACUGCGCCGCUGGACGUGGCGUCCGCGCUGAGCAAGAAGCGGGACGAGCGGGCGCUCGGUCGCGACAGGAGGGAACUUCGCGUGUCCAGCAGCCACCCCGCCGGGCCCGCGCAGACGCUCGUUCAGCCCCUGGACGGGAAGGGCGCCUCCGGGGGCCCCCAGGCCAGCAGCCCGGACGCCGCCCGCAUCCCAGCCAAGCGCUACCCGCAGAGCAUGAACACCUUCCAGCGCCCCCGCAGCAUGGGCUGCCGCUUUGGGCCGUGCGCAGUGCAGAUAUUGGCGCACCAGCUGUACCGGCUCACCGACAAGAACAAGCUCCCCGAGGCCCCCCGCGACAAGAUCAGCCCCCAGGGCUACGGCCGGAGGCGCCGGCGCUCCGCGCCUUAGACGGGCCCCGACCUCCUGGGCGCGCCGCGGCC